GAAAGAGGGCGGGGGAAUAAUAAUGCCUGCAAAUCAAAACAGUGCGUUAAAGAAAGUUUUCUGGCUCUUGGAGGGAGGAAAAAACAUGCUGCAGAGCAGCUUCUACUGGAAACAACACAUGACGGAGUUUAGAGGACUUUUCCCUGGAGGAGUGAGAGAGGAAAGGAGUGAGAGGAGAAGAAGAAGGAGUGAGAGAGUGUUUUUGUUUUUUUCUCUCAGUAACUUAAGCUAAAGCUAGUUGGACAUACUGGACAUACUCCGCACGUCGUGUUGACCGUAAACUGAGGAUGGCAGGACUCUCCGCACUUUCCCUCCGUGCACGCAGCUCUGGAGCCCGGCCAGGCGUGCAGGGUCAGUGACUUCUUCCCUGUUCUCUUAGAAUAACCGAGUUAUUCCAGGACUUAUUAACUCAGGAACUCAGGACCCAGAGCUGGACUUGCUUAGUGCCCGCAGUGCUCUUGCUUAGGUUAACCUUUUACACGGGAGGAUGUCAGCUGUGCUUACCUGUGGGAGAUAAACUUCAGAUAGACUUCAGGACUUCAGGACGAGAAGUGCUUAUUUGUAGUGUUUUGAAGCAGAAAUCAUGCAGAUGCUGAAUUCCACCGACGGUCUCACAAGCGAGCGGGACCUGGAGGUCCAGCAGCGGCUGGCGGACAGCAGCCUGCCCGGCGAGGGGAUGAGGGAGAACGGUAACCACACAUUCGUCCAGCCGAGGCACGGGGCUGGAGCCCCCUGCUCCCAGCGGAAGAUGCUGGUCGGCUUAGACAUACUGUGCCUGAUUGUAGCCUCCAUCCCGUUCUUUGCAUGUGAGCUGAAGGCGGUGAAGCCGUACAGGAGAGGCUUCUUCUGCGGAGACUCCAGCAUCACGUACCCCUACAUCGAGUCCGAGGCUAUUCCGGACGUUGUGCUUAUCGCUGGAGGAAUCGCCAUUACAGGGCUGACGAUCGCUCUGGGAGAGUGUUACCGAGUGCGUUUCAGAGGCGUCAACUCCAAAGCCUUCGUGAGGAACUGCUACAUCUCCUGCCUCUACAAGGAGCUGGGUGCCUUCCUGUUCGGGUGCUGCAUCGGCCAGUCGCUGACCAACAUGGCCAAGCUGAGCGUGGGUCGGCUCCGCCCCCACUUCCUGUCGGUGUGCAACGUGACGUACGAGUCGCUGGGCUGCAGGCCGGGUGAAUACGUGCCGUAUGUGGACUGCAGCAGCUUAGCUAAGGAGGAGGAGGAGGCCAGGAAGUCCUUUUUCUCUGGCCACGCCUCUUUCGCCAUGUACACCAUGCUUUACCUCGCUUUCUACCUGCAGGCUCGGUUUUCAUGGCGAGGGGCGCGGCUGCUGCGGCCGCUGAUUCAGUUCCUGCUGGUGAUGUUGGCGGUGUACACCGGCCUCACCCGAAUCUCCGACUAUCGCCACCACCCCACUGACGUCAUCACCGGCUUCCUGCAGGGAGCGCUGACCGCGUACUGGGUGGCCUUUCACAUCUCCUCCAUGUUUAAAACCUGUGCUUCGGACGGCGGCUCACCCACGAGUCAUUCCCUGGACAGCCCCCUGUCCGUGUCCAGCAGGCAGACGGUGUGCUAGCACCCACCCGCUGGGCGUAGCAUCAGCACAGCACAAACUGGACAGACUGGACUUGAUUCAGUUUAAAAAAAACAAAACAAGGAAAGGCCACACGGAAGGUGGAGCGGAUGGACAGGAGGGAGAAAGUCGCAGGAGAGGAGGGAGAGAAAAGAUGGAGGACAGGAUGCUGCAGAAAGGACUGCUGAUAAAGGAACGGCCCAAGCAAAGGCAUUCACUCACGCCCAGACAUUUUAUUGACACGUCCUACAGAAAGAAGGAAACGUCCAGCUGAGCUUCUUCCUGCAGACUUACUUCAUCCAUCCAGACUCCCAUCAGCCCUCCGCUCUCAAAUAGGGCUUUGUUUUUUCUUUUUUGUUCGCAUCUUAGUUUUACUUUAUAUACAGAAAACACAGGGGUUGUACAAUUAAAACUGAAACACCUGGUUUAAGACCACAAUAAUUUAUUGUGGUGACGGACAGUUCUGGUGGAAACAGAAGAGUUGAGGUGCACAAUCCGGGUUAGCACCCGAACAGCUCUUUCAGACAGCUUCCUCUUACAGCAUCCACAGUUAAUCCUGUUGGAUGUGGUUGGUCCUUCUUGGUGGUAUGCUGGCUGACAUUACCCUGGAUACCGUGGCUCUUGAUGCAUCACAAAGACUUGCUGUCUUGGUCACAGGUGCUCCAGCAAGACGUGCACCAACAAUUUGUCCUCUUUUGAACUCUGGUGUGUCACCCAUAAUGUUAUAGUGUGCAUUGCAAUAUUUUGAGCAGAACUGUGCUCUUACCCUGCUAAUUGAACACUGGUGGAAUAAUGUGCAAUUAAUGAAGAUUGGCCACAAGGCUGCUCCAAUUUAGCCAUGAAACCUCCCACACUAAAAUGAUGACAGGUGUUUCAGUUUCAUUGUCCAACCCCUGUAUGUUCUAGAUGAAGCUGCUAAUGACGGUAUUAGUCUGUAGUUAUACUGACUCCAGUUAAAGAUAUGGGAGAGAUGUGAUAUUCAGAGACUGUGAGACUGAUUUGACUCUGGUAAAGGACAGUACUGACCGUACUGUCCGUGACUGAGCCUGACUGUGGUCAGUUGUGUUCAUUAAUAAACCAUCCAGCUGCCUUAAAGCUGAGGUUGAGGACCUGCAGUGUUGUGUUUGGGAGAAAUGCCACUUCGAGGGACGGACUUGUCCAAUCAGAAUCAGAAAAUCCUUUGUAUUGUACCAGAACACAAUACAUUUUCUUUUUUUUUUCCUUUCUUUUUUCUGUUUUCUUCUUUUUGCUUCUUUUUAAUUUUUAUUUCCAGCCUUCAUUAGCACUUUCUUGCUUUUUUUUAUUUUAUUAUUAUUUUUUUUUCUUUUUUUUUUGGCCUUUCAUUAUAUAUUUUUUUUUAUUUACUUAUUCCUCUUUAUCUGUGUGUCUCUUACUUUUCUUAUUAUUUUAUGCUCCUCUUUUUUUACUUUCCGUUUUUCUUCUUGUUUUUUUUUUUUUAAGCGUUUUAAGAGCUUCAAUCAUAAAACAAGGUUUGAGUUUGACUGAGUUUGUUGUUCAAUCAGAUUCGAUCCCAUUUUUAACCACUUUCACUGUGCGAGUGAGACAGCACUGUGCGACCCGUCCAUGCUCCGCCCACAAAUUUUUCCACAUUUUUUUAAAUAUUCAACAACUCAGUACUUGUUAAAAUGCUUCAGUUUAUUUUUAUAUAUGAUAAAAUGGAUAGAAUAGGGGUUUACGUGAAUUUUCUAAACGUGUUGAAUGUGGUUUUCAGCUUAAGUGUGACAAAAAAAAAAAUGAUUUACUUAAAAAUAAUUUUUUACUUAAUUUUUAAAAAAAGUAUAAAAAGUAUUAUUCAAAUUCAAGCCCACCUACUUCUCUUAACCACCUCAAACUUCUAUAUUUAUCUAUAUUCUGACCGCAGUGGACUGGACUGCAGUUCCAUGACAAACACUACAUACAUAAUGUCUUUACAGUAUGAUUCAUUUUACAGGCAAACUAUAAAAAAAUAUAUAGUUAAAAAUGAUUAAAAAUACAUUUAAAAAAGACUACUUGUAAAAAAUAAAAAAAAAAAGGCUGAUGAAAAAGUCUCAUAUUUGUGGGCGGAGCUUCAACAGGUGCGUCUCAAAUUUUUUUUAACAUCAUUGAAAAGUUACUUUAUUUCAGUAAUUCAGUUCAAAAUGUGGAACUCACACACACACACAGAGUGAUCUAUUUAAAGCGUUUAUUAUUUCUUUUAUUGUUGAUGAUUAUUAUUAUAUUAUUAUGGCUUACAGCCAAUGAAAAAUCUAUCCUAAAAUCAGUGUCUAAUCAGAAAAUUAGAAUAUUAUAUAAGACAAAUCGGUACUUUUGGCCGUGUGGGCAGUGUGCCAAGUCCUGCUGGAAAAUGAAAUCCACAUCUCCAUAAAAGUUGCAGUACAGCAGAGAGAAGAAAGAAGUGAGAUUAGAGUAAGAUUUUGUGGGAAAACAAAACUGCACUGACUUUAGACUUGAUAAAAUAAAACACAGUGGAUCAACACCAGCAGAUGACAGACAUGUCUCUCCAAAUCAUCACUGAUCAUCAGUAAAUUUUACAUUUCAUUUGUAAAUUAAGGGAGCAGAGUCUGGAGGAAGAGUGGAGAGACACACAGUCCAAACUGCUUGAGGUCUAGUGUGAAAUUUCAACCAAUCAGUGAUGGUUCGGAGAGACAUGUACGUCAUCUGCUGGUGUUGAUCCACUGUGAUUAUAUCAAGUCCAAAUUUAUCUUUUAUGGAGAUGCGGAUUUCAUUUUCCAGCAGGAUUUGGCACACUGCCCACACUUCCAAAAGCACCAAUUGGUCUCAUAUAAUAGUCACUGAUUUAUUAGCUGUAAGCAAUAAACAACAAUAAAAUAAUAUAUAUUUUUGAGAUGCACCUGUAUAUUUGGGUCAAUUUGCCUCCUCUUGCCUAUUGGCUAUCGCGUGAGUCCUUCUUCUUAACCCUUAACAGCUCGAGCAGGCGGCUCACUGGACACUACCUGCCUGCUCCUACGCAUAGCACUUGAACUGUGGAAAAGUGUCCUUUACUUCUAGCAGAUUUGUUGUUUUUUUUAAAUAGUUUUGUUUUGUUUUCCCCUCUAACUGUGGUCAGCCAAUCACUUUCUUCCUAUUUUGGAUGAUUAUUCAAAAUGAAUGUAUAUAAAUCAUUUUAUAUAAAUAUAUAUAUAUAUAAAAAUGUAUAAAUAUAAAUAUAUAUAAAUCUAUCCUAAAAAAAAGUAUUAGCACGUUUUUUUUUGUUUUGUUUGUUGUUUUUUGUAAGUUUUUAUGUUUUUUUUUCUAUGUUUCUAUCUGUUUGUAUUGAUCAGGUACGCAGAGAGCUUCUUCUCCUGUAUAAAUGAAUAGUGACUGAGCCAGAGCUCCUGUACGGAAAGCUAUUAUUCUACAUUUCUAGUUUUAUAAGUGUUUCGCUCUGUCGUGUCUGUCUGUGAAAGCCCUCGGGCCUAAAAUAACCACUGUAUUAAUAAUAAACCAAACCAAUAAAGUGAAUGUUCAAUCUCUGUA